AUGACUGGUAAGGGCAAGUCGCGCUGGGCAGACAGCGAAGAGGACGCCGCGCGCGAGGCCGCACUCAAGAAGGAGAAGGAGCUGAAGAAGCGCCUGAAGAAAGAGAGAGAAGCAGCGGCUCGCAGCGGCGACGGCCGACCCACGAAACGCCGGAGGCUCACACCGGGUCCUCUUCCAGCUGCCGGAGGAGGGGGCGAGGGCAACGCAGGCCGGAUCCUGCGCUUCCAUGGACAAGGGUUUGGCAAGUCGCGGAGCGUGGAAAACUACGACAAGCUGAACGACAUCGAGGAGGGCGCGUACGGAUGGGUUGCGCGUGCCAAGGAGGUUGCGACGGGAAAGGUGGUCGCGCUCAAGAGACUAAAGAUCGAGGCGAAUGAUCGGAACGGCCUGCCUGUCACGGGGCUGCGGGAGAUCCAGAUAUUGAAAGACUGCGACCAUAGGAAUAUUGUCAAGUUGCGGGAGGUCGUGGUCGGGGACGAUACGACCAGAAUAGAAAAUAUCUUCCUAGUCCUUGAGUUCCUCGAACACGACCUGAAGUCCAUCCUCGAAGACAUGCCCCAGCCUUUCCUCGCCAGCGAGGUCAAGACCCUCCUCCUGCAGCUCGCGAGCGGCGUCGCCUACCUCCACGACCACUGGAUCCUGCACCGCGACCUCAAGACCUCCAACCUCCUCCUCAACAACCGCGGGCAGCUCAAGAUUGCCGACUUCGGCAUGGCCCGCUACGUCGGCGAUCCGCCACCCCACAAGCUCACCCAGCUCGUCGUGACGCUGUGGUACCGCAGCCCCGAGCUGCUGCUGGGCGCCGCCAGCUACGGCGAGGCCGUGGACAUGUGGAGCGUGGGCUGCAUCUUCGGCGAGCUGCUGACGAGGGAGCCGCUGCUGCAGGGCCGGAACGAGGUCGACGAGCUCACCAAGAUCUUCGAGCUGUGCGGCAUCCCCAGCGAGGAGAGCUGGCCGGGCUUCCGGAGGCUGCCCAACGCGAAAACACUGCGGUUGCCCCCGGGAAAGGCAAAUGCGGGCUCUGUCAUCCGGGCUAAGUUCCCGCUGUUGACUGCGGCCGGCGCGGCGCUGCUGAACGACCUCUUGAGCCUGGACCCCUCGAGGAGGCCGACCGCGCGGGAGAUGUUGAGCCACGAGUACUUCCGGCAGGACCCGAGGCCCAAAUCUGAGGCCAUGUUCCCGACCUUUCCCAGCAAGGCGGGCCAGGAGCGGCGGAGGAGGAGGGAUACGCCCAACGCGCCAGGGAGGGGAGAGGCAGUGGAGCUGGGCGCUGUCGAUUUCAGUGGCAUCUUCAACGGGCGGGAGAAAGAGGAACGGGGUGGAGGCUUCUCUCUUCGAAUGGUAUAA